CUCUUUUGGUCCUCGAGCGUUUCCGUUGGUUGUGCUGGAUGCAUGGUGCAGGGCUAAUGUAGCCCUGGCUCAUAAACUGAAAGGAACCAACUUGUUGUAACAGAGUGCCAUAAAUUUGGGGAAUAAUAACCGAGAAGGUGUGUCGUUUUUAUCUCUCCAUUUCGGCAAAAAUCUUUAACAGACUGACGACAAAAAACAGCUGAUAACACAUUAGUGGUUGAUGAAUAUCAGCACAGCAAAGCACCACCAAACGGUGCUUAUAGCUAACAGUGGCUAACGUCAUCCCCGCUAUUAGUAAAUGUUUCUAUCCUUCUGACGCACCAGUAGUUUUGUGUGACUGUUCGCUAUAUUGCGGGUUUUUGCCAUAAAUGGGUGACUCGGACAGUGCAGCCGAGAGUCGGUGCAUUUUGUGCGGAACAGACGCUUACUUGUUUGUGCGGCUAACGUUGUGCUCGACGGCUAACAAUAGCUGCAUACUAUUGCAAGCUAAUUAACCGUUAACAAAACCUCCUUGUAGCCUUCCGUUGUGAACAAUUUCUCAUCAAAGCACGUGCUGACUUUACGUUAUACUGGAAUACAACCUUCUUCACCCUUAUCUGAAACCACCUCCCCCGUUUUUUGUUUUUUUUACCCAAACCCCUUCAGGCUUAGGGGGGUGGAGGGGGGUCAACGUUAAAAACAGAUCACUCUGAAUGGGAUGCCCGCGCAACUGUAGAAGAAAUUGUUUAUUUGCGGGAAGACUCAUUGGAUUCUCUGCUGCCCGUCCUUGGUGCACAGAUGAGUGAAGAAGCAGCAGGAGAGAGUAAGCACCCUGCCAGUGAGGCAGUGGAGGAGGAGGAGGAGGACCAGGGGGAAGGCACCGUAGAGAGUCCCAAAACAGACAAUCCCUCUGAGGAACCACCAGCACCCUCAGAUGACCCCAAAGAGGCAGCCGAGAUAAGCUUGGUCCCCCCAGUAGAGGCCAAAGAGGAGGAGGAGGAGGAGGAAGGUAAGCCUGCUGGCGAGCCUCCAAUGGACUGGUUCGAGCCGCUUGAAGAUGAUGAUGAUGAUCCAGAUGAAGAAAGCCUGGCAGGAGAGACGGAGAGCAUUGCAGGCAGCGAGAGAGCCACAAGACAUCUCUAUCAGAUUUACGGGUAUCGACGUAAGCGCGCUCAUCCUGAAGAGGGAUGGGUCGAGUGGCCGGUGCUCGGACAAGGUUGGAAGCGCAAAGAGGUUGUUCGACGCUCAGGCUCCAGCAUCGGCCAGAAGGACGUGUAUUAUCUAAGUCCACGGGGUGAUCGAGUGAGGAGCAGAGUAGAACUAGCUACGGUGCUCCAGGGAACCGACUUGACCCAGUUUGAAUACAAGAGCGGCAAGUUCGUGGAAGGGGAAAUCCCACCAGUGAGAGGUCGACCCAGAACGAAGAAACGCUAUCGGGACCGGUCCUCCUCAGAGUCCAGCUGGAUGGACAGAGGAGACGGGGCCGAGACUCCGGACUCUCACCACCGGCUGACCCCGAACAUCACACCCAGGAACCUCCACAGCAACCAGACGAGCGUCUCGCUGAACAGCUCAACGGGGGAGUCAAAGCAGAGCCCCAACUCCGAGGAAAAGCAGUCGGAGGAAAAAAUCCGGCUCCCUUUCCCCUCGUCGUCUCGUCCGCUCUCUUUGCCUUCAAUCAAGGGAGAAUUCGGAUCGGAAGAGAGCACCCUGAUCUGUGCAAAGUGUGGUAUUUCGUUUACAGGUACAUGGUAUGACAAACAAAGAAAGCGGCCUUGCUGUCCCUCCUGCUGGGCAACGUCCAAGUCGAUAGAGCACCCGCUGAUCCGCUUCAGGAAGUGGAUUCCUUGUGGACAGUGCGUGGGAUGUCACAACGCCAUCGACUGCGGUCAGUGUGCAAACUGCAAGCAUGGACUGCAAAGCCCCGAAGCCAGAAAACGCCUGUGUCGAAAACGCAGGUGCAUAUGUCCGAUACGCAAGCAAAGCCCAGGAAGCAUAAAUGUAACUUACAAGAGAUCUUUUGUUGACCCUGUUGACACGUAUGAAGAUAGUAAUGAUGUCACAGAGUCACAGCAUCCAAGUCUCAAAAGCAGCGACACGGAGAACUUCUCGGCGAACGUGGACCUCGACGAUGACGACAUGUCGACAGACGACGACGAUGACUGGCAUAAAAAGCGGAAGCGACGUUCCUGUGGCGAGUGUAAGGCCUGUCUGUGUAGGAAAGACUGCGGCGUGUGCGAUUUCUGCAUAGACAAACCCAAAUUUGGAGGCAGCAACAAGAAAAGGCAGAAGUGUCGUCUACGGCAGUGUCAAAGGCAAGCGAUGAGACAUUUGCUGCCCUUCCAGAUGGCAGGAGCUGAGUUGGGGCUGGAUGCCCCUCUGCUGCCCGGCAGGCCCAGGCCUCACUACACGUACAGCCGCAAGUCCAGCUUAAAGAGAAGCCAAGACCAGCAGGCUGACAUGGACUACACCGACGACGAUGACGACGACGACGAGGACAGCAAUCCGCAACCGCUGAAUCAUUCUGAUUUUGGGGUGCGGAACGGCGUGCCAGAUCGAUUCCCUCACAUCAGCAAUCAUAACUACUCCCAACCAGACCAUCACAGUCAGUGGGAUACAGAGAAAUCGCACACAGGCAGAAAUGCCCCAAAGCACAUGGAAGAUGACAAGGACGAGUUCCCCAUGAUCACACAGAUCUUCAGUCUGGCUGAGAAUCCGACGGAGAGCAGCGUGGACCUGGAAAACCAGCUGAUGAAGCUGCUCCACUCGCUCCGCUCCUCCGUGCUGCCUAUCCUCUGGUACGCCAUCAUGGUGGAGGGCCCGCAGCUGCAGCUCAUCCAGUGCUCCAAGCAGUCCAACAUGGCCGACACCAUGGUGCUGAUCGACCCAGGCUUCUGCUACCAGGUCACCGUCCAGAAGCAGCCGCUGCUGCCCAUCCACCCGCUCUACGACAUCCACCCGUCGCGGCUCGGCACAGCCACCGACGUGGUCAGCCUGCUGCUGUCUCUGGAGCGGUACGUCGUGUGCCAGGGACUCCCCAUCAAGCAGUCGUCGUUCGACAAAGGGCCGAUCGUGCUGGAGCGGUCAGCCACGUGCGACUUCCUGAUCAAGAAGAACGAGCGGACCUGUGCGAGCUGCAAAGCACUACAAGAACUUCAAAUCCAUCACAGAGAGUGAAAAAACACAGUUGGAUGGAAGCAGUGACUUUUUUUUUUUCUUUUCCUAUUUUGUGCCAUUUUCUUUUUCUUUCUUUUCACUAUAUUGUACAGUUGAGAGACAAUUUGACAGACUUACCUCUGGACUGUGAUAGUAUGUUUUACCUUUUUGAAAAUCACCAAAGGAAUUCCA